AUGUCUUUAAAACUUCACGUCAAUGUUUAUACAUCCCAACGUGUGAUAAUUAUUACAGCUAUAGAAACUGUUCAAGUGGGCCAAUGCGUUCCUUUAGUUCUCAAAUUCAAACUAGAAAACGAGCAGCAUUUCCUCGCACGUGUCAUGAGAGUUCUUCUACUGAACAAUGAUUACCAUAUAGUGCCAAUGACCACACAAACACCAUCCACAACAAGACCUAAAAUACGCUUAAGAAAUCUAUUCAGCACAGAUGGAGACUACAAUAGUAAACCGGUCUUUAGUCUGCAUCGAAGUAUCCUAAAGCGCUGGCGUUGGUGGCAUUAUGUGGCAUUACUGAUUGUAGUAAUUGCUGUAUUCGAAGUCGCUGCUAUUCUUGUCGGCAUGACCGUCUUGGCUAUUCAAAAAGAACCUGUUACCUUCUCUAUACAAGCCAUGCAAUAUUAUCCCAAUCUAACAUACCAGACGCUAGAUAGAUCAGUCUCAGUCUCCUUACCAGCAGAUACCACUGUAUAUCACGUCACUAAGGAAUUCGGUCCUGCAACCAUGGGCGGUAUGGGUGUUUUGUUAACCUCAUUAGCUCAAGCACAGAUGAAAACCGGCAAAAUUCAACCCUCCAUCGUUUUACCCUUUUAUACUUUCCUAAAGAAAUCUGAACAAUAUCCCAUUGAAAGAACAACCGAUUUGUACUUGACCCUUCAAGACGAACGCAACAGAACAGUGCCUGUUGAGUAUCGUGUGUCUGAAUUCCAAUAUGACUUUGAACCGAUUGAGAAUUUUGAGCAACUGCCCGAAGACGAAAAGCUGGAAAUCAUUACCGCUCAAGCAACAAAGCCUACCAUCACUGUCUACUUGAUCGGCCCCGGUAAAAUGGAUCCUUACAACAGAGCGUUCAAGGCGACCUCGGCUGCUACCAUCUAUUCUGCCGCGGAUGGCUUGCCCCAAGAAUGGAGAGAUCAGUUCUUUGCAAAGGCCGCUGCUAAUUUCCUUAUUUGGAAGGCUACAGGCAAGCACGAACAAUCCUUAUUUGAUGCUUUGGAUGCCACGCCUCGCGUAGACGUUGUUCAUUUGCACGGUGCCACCAAUGCCUAUACCGCCAAGUAUAUCAAUGAGCCCGAUCUGCAUUUGGGAUCUGUGCCGCCUGCGAUUGUUUACACCAUGCACGAUUAUCUCGAUGAAUUGCAAUACACCAACACUUUACCCAACGCUCAGAAAUUUUUAAACACACCGAAACAAAACGGGACUUUCCAAGACGAUCUCGAGCUCAACCUGUUGCCUUACACUUUCGGUAGCAACUAUCUUUUCAUGUCGCCGUUGGGUAUCGAUAACGCAGAUGCUGUCACGCUUGUCAGUGAGUCGAUGGCCAAGGAUAUGGUCGAAGGAAGAUUGGAUUUCUAUUUGAAGGAAGUCGUGAUGCCUCAUUUGCUGCACAAAGCCGAGAACAAGCGAUUCUUUGGUAUCAGCAAUGGCAUUGACACCGACGCCCCUCAGAAUAACCCCUUCACCGAUCCUAAAUUGGUCCAACACAAAUUAAACUAUCCUGCCUAUGCAAAAACUCUCUUGUCCGACAAAGUGAACAGCACCGCCCCUGCUACUACUGCUGCUGCCGGUAAGGACGCUGCCCUCAACGCCCUUGUUUCUAAUUAUUGGUCCUUGCCCAAAGGCCAGAAGGACAGGGUCAUUCACACGAAACGUGCUGCCAAGCAAUACUUGAUCGACCAAGGCGUUUUACGGCCUACCGAUCUGGAUCGUCCUGUUGUCUUGUUUGUGGGCCGCUUCCAAUACAACAAGGGGUUAGAUACGUUUGAAGAAGCUGCCAAGGCAUUCAAGGCAAACAACAUGAAGUUUGUCAUCUUUGGCCAAGCCAACAACUAUCCUAUGGAAAAGCUAAAGAAGCUAAAGACCCAAUACCCCGACACAGUCGCACUUUUGCCCUAUGUGAAACAGCAAGCUGAAUUCUUGAUCUUUGCUCGAGCCGCUGCUGACUUUGUCUACGUACCCAGCCAAACCGAAAGCUUUGGCCUGGUCGCUGCCGAAGGCCUCUCCUUUGGUUCAGCUGUCAUCUCUACGGGUGUGGGCGGUUUGUCGGAAUUUCUUGUCGAUCGUGAAGUGGACAGAGGUUUGCCUGAAGAAGUCGUCUCCGGAAACAAUGUCGAAAGCCAUUAUCGCUUCAACGCUUAUUUAUUCGACGCCGCUGCUACUUCCGGUGACAAUACUUUAUCCUUGGCUAUUCAACACGCUGCCGAAGAUUACAAUGCCAUCAAGAAUCAGCCUGUGCUACACGAAGUGUAUGCUUUAAGAAACAUGCUGAGCGCCUUCAACUUGGCUUGGGAUAGAGGACAUGAACAAGGUCCUGUUUACGACUACUUACGUAUUUAUCAGCAAGCUCUUUCUGACAAGAGAACAACGAGCGUCUUUGAUGCUUAG